AUGCAGGCUCACGAGCUUCAAGCCCAGUACCGCCCAACGGCGCAGCAGUCUCCUUCAACAAAACCAGCCACAUCCGGUGCAAGCUCCCAGGCAUCAGCGGCGAUCAAGCUUUUGACUUGGAAUUGCGGCGGGUUUUCCACGUGCAAGGACGAAUUUUACACAUGGCUCAAAACAUGUUCAUGUGACGUGGUCUGCUUGCAGGAGACCUGGAUGAGGGAAAGCUCGGAGUUUGUUGCGGGCGAGUGGACAUGUAUUCAGAGCGGCGUGGGCACUUCGGUGUCCAGAGCACAGGCAGGAGUCAUGAUCAUGCUCAAGAGGUCGAUCUUUGACAGCGGCACCAUUCGCUACAAUCAUGUGGUUGCAGGUAGAGUUCUACAUGUUCGGGCGCAGAGCAAGCACGGCUGGGUGGACAUCGUAGGCACCUACAUGCAUGCAUGGGGGAGUAGAGAGAGCGACACCGAGAUCGUGAAGAAGCGCUCAAAGGUGUGGAUGGCAUUACGCACCACUCUUGGUCAGAUUCCUCGAGGCAGCCAGCUUUUUCUCUGUGGCGAUUUCAACACGAUCACCCAGCCCACCCCUCCUUGCAUAGGUGCAGGCACGUGCGAUGGCGAGAAGGAGGACUCCUUGGACUCAGCCGACAUGCUGGGCAUCUUGCAGGACUUUGGACUGCAGGCUGUGAACACUUUCGGCAAGCAUGGUAGCUACACCCAUGUACUUACGCAGCGCGAUAAGCAGUACCGCUCCUUCCUGGACUAUGUCAUGGUCAGGCGGCGAGGCGCUACACUCAGGACAGCCUCUCGCAUCAUUGGUGACUGUCCUGUGGCUCGCUGGCGUGGAGGUGGACGGCAUCUACCUGUGGCAGUCACUUUGCACUUCAGGCGUUUCCAGUUCGUGAAGCCUCGGCCUCAACCACCCUGGCCGCAAUGGAAGUGUGCUUUGCUCACUGCCAGGAUUGCUCAAAAUGGCCCGGAUGUGCAAGCCUUCCAGGCACAGGUGGAACAUGAGCUGAGACAAGUUUCUGUCUACACACCCGAGCAAGUGAACAGCAUCAUCCUGAAGGCCGGCCGGCAAAACUUUUCCAUCGAGCGCCAAAGCAGUUUGCAGCCGCCCUGGGAGCAUCACCAACAUGUUGGCACCAUUAAGCACAUGUGGUUGCAGCGCAGACUUGCUAGCCAGCAGUUUCGACUAUGUGUCUCAGGUCUCCGUGCGUGCUUUCGUGCUUGGAGGUGCCAUUCUCGCUUUCAGCAAAUGCAUAAAAUUGUGGCCCGCAACAGCAGACUCCUCCGGCGGUACCGUUUCAACGAACUUCUUCGUCGGGCCGAGGCUGCUGACUACCACAACCGCGUGGAUCAACUUUUCUUCUUGUUGCGCAGGCAUGCCCCCAAACAGCCACGCACGCGAGCACAACUUCGAUCGAGCACGGGUGCACUGCUGAUGCCGCAAGCCGAGGCUAAGGCCCUAGCCACGUACUGGAAAGAGGUUACCACAGCUGCUAUCCCGAGCCAGGCACCGGACCCGCUUCCCUUUGACAUCCGGCCGGAGGCGAUUCAGUCUGCUCUCGAGGCCCUGCCGGCCAACAAAGCCGCUCCCGCCCAUUAUGCUCCACAUGUUCUAUGGAGUUGUGCUGCGCCCUCUGUGGCACAGGUGCUGGAGAGAGGGCUGAUGCAGACAUGGCGACAAGCAGCGGCCACGGUUCCUGUCGCAUGGGCCGAUGCAUGGCUCACCUUUCUUCAAAAGCCCAACAAGGCAGGGAAUGCCCCUCAACAUCUUCGACCAAUUGCUCUUCUGGAUCCGGUCGGAAAGGCAGUGACGGGUAUCCUUCGCAGCCAGCUCGACACUUACAUUAUCCCGCACAUGGAGGAGCAGCAUCAGUAUGGCUUUCUUCCCAACAGGUCGGUGCAGCAGGCCCUGGGGCAUGCUUUCAUGCACUGCCGGGCUGUUCGUAGCAUGUGCCAGGCUCAACAACGCUCCUUGUACGAGCAGAAAGCCGGGAACAAGUCGUUGGGAUUGGCAGGGGGGAUGUUCCUAAGCAUCGACCUGACCCAGGCCUUUGACAGGGUCGACCGGGGAUUGCUGGAGGCCUCUUUGAUCCACAUCGGUGUCCCGGCUGAGCUUCGCCAUUUACUCCUGCAAUGGGUCCAUGCUGCCCAUUAUGUCGUGCAGCGUGAAGGUCACACUCAGCGCUUUGGCACAACGCAAGGAAUCAGGCAGGGAUGCCGACUUUCACCAUCAUUGUGGAACUGUGUGGUCAUCUACCUAACACAUCUCCUUGAGCAAAAAUUUGGCUCCGGGUGGUGCAGGCAACACCUGGUGGGCUAUGCCGACGAUAACCUCUUCAAAUGGACUUUUCGCGCCAAGACCGAGGCUGCUCAGGCCAUUGCCGAAGCCAGGGACAUUGUUGAUCUUUUCGAGGGCCACGGGCUACAAGUGAGCAAAGACAAGACAGCCAUUCUUCUUCGGCUGGCCGGCUCCCAAGCAACGGCCCUGCGCAACAAAAUCACCACGAAGGUGGAGGGCAAAUGUCACCUGAAGUUGGGCCCGGAACUCACCCUGCCCAUCAAGUCUCAACACGUCUACCUCGGCGCCAUUAUUUCCUUUGCCAGGUUUGAAGAGUACACAGCAGCCCAUAGACGCCAGGCCGGAAUUGCCACAUACCAUCGCCUGCGACAACAUCUGCACUCUAAGCGUGCCUGGCCCUUGCAUAAAAGGAUCCGCUUGUGGAAAGCCUACAUUCUGCCAACCGUCUUCUACGCGCUGACGGCUUCAGGUCUCACAGACAAGAGUGCAUCCAUGAUCAGGGUCGAGUUGAUCAAACAGCUAAGGGCCAUCGCGGGGAGCCCCCGCCAUCUCACACUGGAGCCCGACGCUCAAUUUCUCGAAAGGCUCGGCCUGGAAUCUCCGUUGCAGAUGCUUAUGCGCAGGCAGGCCCGAGUUUUGGAAAAGACCCGCGAGCUCCAAGGCAAACUCCCACCACACGAUGUCAGACUUGAUCCGGCACUGCGUGCACAUGAGGAAAGUAUUCUUCAGCAGUUCCAGACUUUCGUCCAGCCGGACUCCACUGCGGGUGCUGCUGACGACCUGCCCUGCCCUGACUGUGGCAAAUGCUUUCCCACUGCAGCGUCCCUACGCCAGCACCGUGCCACUGCACACAGGCGCGGAGAGGACAAGCCGAAGGGUGAUCGUUUUGAUCGGCUGCUUCACGGCAAGGACGGCCUUCCGCAAUGCAUCAAUUGCGGGCGCAAAUUCAGACUAUGGGAGGAGCUGCAGCGGCAUGUUGAGCUUGGCCGGUGCCAGGCUACAGCAAAAGCUGAGUAUGAGGACGUCCACCCCCCGCUGAUUGCCAAAGUUCUGGAGGAUAAAAUUGUUUUCCCGGAGGUCUUUCAUCAGCUGCCGCCCCCGGACCUCUGGACCGAGCUCAACGAGAGGUGUGCACUGUGUCGCACAUGGCUCCCCAAUGAGAAUUACAUGAAGGUUCAUUAUGGGCGUGUCCAUCCCGAUGAGUGGCAGGCACAUAGUGGUCGUGUACGUGUCUGGUGCAUGAACAACCUCCCGCCCGUUAAGGGCACAUGCCGAUGGUGUGGCCACAAGGACCAAGCAGGCAGGGAUCAUCGUGCAACAUGCCCGGCUUUGUUUCAGCUGGCCAUGACCUGGUUCGUUAAUGGAGGCCCUCCGGAGGCCGCCGAUGUGACCGACUUGGCCGGCAUGCUGGACACCGAGAUUCAGGAGGUGUUCGCUGGCUGCCUGCCGGCUCUGGCGAAACUCAGCGAGGUGAACUUCCUGGACCCGUCGGAGUGGGAGCCCAAGGAGGAUCAGGAGAUGCCGAACCGAGGCAAGAGGUCACGACCGGAGCCCGAGAUGAACAAGGACAAGCAGCCUCCGAAAGGGGGCAAAGGCAAGGGCGGACGUCACGGCAACGACGGCCGAGGACGGGGGCAAAACAGCUGGGGCAGCUGGGACUACAACGGCUGGGGUGUCAACAGCUGGGAUGCCAACAGCUGGGGUGCUCUUCACAGGCAUCCGCGGCCGACCAUGGAGCAACUGGUGGAGGCCUUGUGCAGGCUGACCUUGAAACAAGAGGAGGAGCUGCAACUUAUCCGAACCGAGAAGCAAUUCCUGUUGCAUCUCGAGUCAGGGACACAUGGCCUACUGGCUCCGCUGUGGCAAGUGGCGCAGGCUUGGAAAACGGGGCGGGACAAAACCCCGCCGACGGUGACCAGCUCCCUUCGGGUCGCCUUAAUCAAAAGCCUCCUUGCGGAAUGGAUCACCCGCCUCGACACGAUGACCAAGGACGAGCCUACAGUAAAGAAGAUGGAGGCCCAGGGGUGGAUCAAAGUGCAGGGCGAGAAGGAGCUCCAUUGGACGUUUCAGCAAUGGAAUGCGGAGAGCCGUCGAUUGGAGCUGGAUGCCACCCGCCCACCAGUCGGCCACACUCAGAUGGUGCAGAUUGCGAACUGGUGUUGGCAGGGUGCUGACAAAUAUGAUGUGGACUUCCUCACAGGUCGCCUCGCUUCUGCCGUUAAGUCAUUUCUUGCUAUGGGCACAUCGUUCAGGUUGUCUUCUUCACUGCCAUGGCGGUCAUGGCUCCAAGGCUGGGACUCGACAACACCCACCAUCACAGGCUGGCUGCAAUACAUUCUGCCAAAGGCUGCGGCUCAGUCCAUGCAAGGACGAUGGGAGGCCAGAACGGCUGCUCCUGAUGGCUCGUUCGUUUGCAACCAAGCUGGCGACACAUGGCAACCGAUUUGCUUGCAGGCUGAAAUCCUGGGGAACACAUGCCAUCUGGACAUGAGUGCACUUUUCUCAGAAUGGCGUACACAGGAGGCUCGCUGUGCACUUGUUCAGGCUCCUGAUAUCCUUUGUGUUGUUUCCCCAAGGUGGCUCUGCAGUACAUCGGGUGAGUGGCGAUUGAUCAACCAGGGCAAAGCGCCGACAACAGUUCAUGUCCCAUGUUUUCAUGCGGAGAGUGUUGCAACUUACAACAUACCGUAUCAGCUCAUGUCUGUGGUCGUGCAUGGUGCAACUGGUGAUCCUUUCGGUGCUCGUUACUGGGCGAGCUCAAAGAAGACUGGUGGUACGCAGCACUCUGGGCGCGCUUCCAGGAUCAACGCUGCAAGCACUGGUGCCUCAUCGCAGUUUUCGCUCUCCUGUAUAUCUUGGAAUUGUGGUGGUCUCAGCUCCCUCAAAGAUGAGUUGUUCACGUGGCUCGACGAGCACCCUUACGACAUUGUUUUUCUUCAAGAGACCUGGCACAGGCAACAGAUGGACUUUGACACACGUGGCUAUCACUGCAUCGGAUCUGGCAUAGGCACGGAUGCCAAGAGAGCCCAUGCAGGUGUCAUGACUUUGCUGCGUAAGACUGUGUUCCCACAAGAUUACAUUAGAUUUCAUGAUCCUGUUGCGGGACGCCUCCUUCAUGUUAGGGCUUGGUGUGCAGGGGGCUGGGUAGACACUAUCAAUGUGUAUCAGUAUGCACUUGGACAAAGCGGUGACCAAGCUGAGAUCUUGCGGAAACGCACUACAUUGUGGACAUCCCUUCGACAGACAUAUGGACACAUCCCACAAGGCAGCACUCUUGUAUCUGCAGGUGACUACAAUUGCAAUCUGACCACCUUGAAGUCUCACACAGGACCGGGCAUGCUUACACCGACGACGCCUUCACCGGAUAUGGAGGACCUCGUGGCGAUUGUGCAGGACUUCUCAUUGCUUGCUGUCAACACAUUCGGCAGGAAGAACAGCUACACUUACAUCCAUGAGGGGUGCAAGCCGGUACGCCGCUCCUUCAUUGACUACAUGUUUGUUAGGCAGAACAAGCACAGUGAUUACAAGUCUGGACUUCUGCGUGAUUGGCAGGUUGCGCGCUGGCGCAAAGGUGGAAGGCAUCUCCCGGUUUGGUCACGGUUUUCCAUACGAAGGUUCAGGACUCAGAAACCACAGCAGAAGCUCGAAUGGCCUCGAUGGCGCUGCCGCCUUCUUUCACAGGCCAUCAAGGAGCAACCACAGUUGGCCGAGCGCUACACAGAGCAGGUUGCCGUCGCGUUGCAGGCUGUUGAUAAGUAUGAGCCCAAGAAGUUGAACGCACUGCUGCUGGAGGUCGGGGGAAAGAUCUUUCAUGUUCAACGACCACCCAGCUUGCCGCCGCCCUGGACUGGAGCGCAACACAUCGGCGGCAUCAAGGACAUGUGGCAACAUUAUCGACUCAUGCGCAGGUCCUUCGAGGAGGCCAACCGCUCUCGUGUGGGGCGACUUCGUGCUAUGGUGCAGGCUUGGAAGCAUAGGGUUCGUUUCUUGAAAAUGCACCGCAUGGUUCAGAAGCACUCUCGUCAACUACGCCGGACCAGGUUGGCACAGUUGCUUCAGGAGGCGGAUGCCCACACACGCUCAGGUUGCAGUCAGGCGCUCUUUGAUCUCGUUCGGAGAGUGGCACCCAAACAAGCACGAAAACGAUCGCAGCUGCGGUCCAAGGAGGGCAAACUGCUUACUCCGGCUGAGGAAGCCCGUGCCCUACAGGAUUUCUGGCGAUCGGUGAAUGGCGCACCAGGGUCGCUCCUUCGUUCGGGACAGGCUUCCAGCUACACCGUGCUGCAGCAGGACAUUGAGCAAGCCCUACGCGAUCUUCAGGCGAGCAAGGCUGCCCCGCCACACUGCGCUCCACAUGCCUUCUGGAAACUGGCCUCCUCCCCAGUUGCUGAGUUCAUGGAAGAUAAGGUUUUCUCAAGCUGGCGAGAGGAUCACGCGUGGGUCCCAGAUGAUUGGUCGGCGGCAUGGCUGGUGUUCCUGCAUAAAGUUGGCAAGGCCAACGACGACCCCGCAUCAUUACGGCCCAUCGCGCUACUAGACCCAAUGGGCAAAGCAGUCAGCGGUGUUCUGAAGAGGCACCUCGAACCAUAUCUGUUGAAGGCAACUGCCACAUUGCCACUUUAUGGCUAUCUAGCGAACAGAUCCCCGCAACAGGCCCUCACGGUGGUCUAUGAGCACUGCGACAGAGUUCGAACUGCAGCCCGAGCCCAAACUCGCUCCUGGUACGAACUACGAGCGGGACAGAAGAGGUCAUCGUGUGCAGGGGGCCUCCAGGUCAGUGUGGAUUUUUCUCAAGCGUUUGACCGUGCAGACCGCCAACUUUUGGUGCGUGCCUUGCAAUUUCUUGAAGUGCCAGAUGACUUGACCGAUGUGAUUCUCAGGUGGACACAGAAUACGGUUUUUCACAUUGACAUGGCCGACGAUCGAGAAGGCCUGCUCAAGGCCCGUGUUGAGGCAGGACGUGCACUCAGCAUUCUUGAAGACCUCGGUUUCUACAUUAGUCGGGAUAAAACAGUAUGCCUGCUCAAGGCGGAGGGUGUCCAAGUUCCACACCUGAUGCGCAAAAUCACGCGCAAACGCCUGCAGCCCAAAGGCACUCUGCUGGUUCUCGAUGAGAGAUGGACGUUGCCGCUCAAGCGCGACCACAUCUACUUAGGAGCCGUGAUCUCAUAUGGCAACUACGAGAUGCUCAAUGCACAACAUCGCAGACAUGCAGGACAAGCGGCCUUUUCACGCAUGCGCACUACGCUUAUGUCACACCGUGCUCUCUCCCUCGACAAGAGGCUGCGUCUGUGGCGUACCAUUGUCCUGCCGGCCACUCUGUAUUCCUUGUCUUCUUCAGGAUACACCAGGAAAUCCUUUGAUCUCAUUCGGGUCCUGAUGGUCAGGCAGAUUCGAGCCAUUGCCCGCAGUCCGAGACACCUCACUGAGGAGAGUGAUCUGCGUCUACUGCAACGCCUACGGCUGCCUCAAAUACAUGAGAUGCUGCUUCAGGUCCACAGUCGAGUCGUUGAGGAUAUCGUCCAGCGUGAAUGUCGGCUCCUUGAGGUUUUCGAGCAACUUGUUGCUACGGAUGCAAAGGCUGCUGGCACGCCGAACAGGCUCACGUGUGAGCACUGCGGGCAAUCCUUUGACAAUGAUGCGGCCCUGCGGCAACACAAAGGUCGUAUGCACAGCAAAACCAGAAUGGAGGCGGCACCCACGGUGUUCGACAGGCAACAACAUGGCACUGACGGCAUGCCACGUUGCCGUGGAUGCGGGCAUCCCUUCGCUAGGUGGGCGGACCUUCAGAAGCACAUCGAGGAGAACCACUGCCAAGGCAAAACCCAGGAGGAAGCGCCCGCCCCUGAAGAGCGGUCCUGCCCUGCCGGGCUUGCCCGGCGGCGCUGUUUAGAGUAA